AUGGGGGCCAUAAGUUCAAAAACUCCCAUUGCAUUACCUCCAAAGUUCAAGAUUUCUAAUGCGGAAAAGUUUGAUGGGAUUAGAGACCUAAAGCAACAUGUUAAGAGGUACUUGAGCAUUACUGAAAUGAAAGGGUUGGAUGAGAAACAAACCUUGCAUGCAUUUCCUCUUUCACUUAUGGGAGGUGCAUCAAGGUGGUACUAUAGGUUAGAUGCAAAUAAGACCAAGGUGUGGCCUGAGCGAGUGGAGUUAUUAGUAGAUCAAUUCAUCUUCAACACCAUGAUUGAUGUGACCCUAAGGGACUUGAAGACCACUAAACAAGGUGUAGAGACAUUCUUCGAAUAUAUGACAAGGUGGAAGGGAAAGACGUUUAGGAUGGUUAAUAGGCCAAAUAAGAAAGACCAAAUCAACAUGAUUAUCAAGAAUUUUCUUCUGGCAUAUAAUAGUAGGCUCCUGUCAUUGCCUAUUAGUUCUUUCGGGGAAUUGCGUGAUUGUGGAACUAGGAUAGAAGAUGCUAUCAAUAAUGGGCAAUUGGAGAAGGGUCAGAGCAAACCUCAAAUCAAGAAGAAAUAA